CGCACAGCGGCGGAUCCCUCGGGCAGCGUGCACGGAGAGCCAUGGCGCGGUGCCGCGGCAAUGUCCGCUUCCUCCUCCUCCUCCUCCUCCUCUGCAGCGCCGCGGCAGCCGGACCUACGUUCCUUGUGGCAGUUCCCUGGAACAUCAGGCCUGGAGCAAACCUGACUGUUGGGGUAGCUCUGCUGCCGGACAGCCCAGCGCAGGUCACCGUAAGGGGAGAAGUGAUCAGAGAUAACGAGACCAUCUUGAGCAGGGAAAUGGUCUUUGAGAAAGAUUCCUUUGGGACUCUUGUUCUUCCAGUACUGCCUUUGAACAGUGCUUCUGGGAAUUAUGAAUUACUGGUGGAAGGCCGUGCUGAUGGCCGGCACAUCUUCUCUAACCGUACCAGCUUGAUGUACAUGUCAAAGAGCAUCUCCGUAUUCAUCCAGACUGAUAAAUCUAUGUACAAACCAGGACAAGAUGUGCUGUUUCGGGUUGUUACUGUGUAUCCUGAUCUAAAACCUUACAAAGUGCCUCUGAAUAUAUAUAUCAGAGACCCUCGGAAGAAGUUGAUUCAGCAGUGGUUGAUGGAGGAAGGUGAUUUGGGUGUACUUUCCAAAAAAUUUCAGUUAUCAAUGAACCCUCCCCUAGGAGACUGGUCCAUAGAGGUGGAAGUGAACGGUCAAGUUCAUUAUCAAAGAUUUAAAGUGAUGGAAUAUGUUUUACCAAAAUUUGAUGUCAUGAUAACAACACCAUUAUACUACUCUCUGAGAGAUGAAGAUGUAACUGGUGUUGUCACUGCGAAGUACACGUAUGGAAAGCCAGUAAAAGGAACUGUAACAGUCACAUGCCUUUCUGUCUCUUACUGGACAAACAAGAGAAAUAUAACAAUAACAAUGGAGAUAAACGGAUCUGUGAAUGUAACCUGUAACAAACUUAUGUUGCAAAACUUGAAUGCUGAGCAUUCGUGGCACCAAGGUGAUAGUGAUUACACAGAGCCAAUAGAAAUGAUCGCGGUGGUCACUGAGUCACUCACAGGAAUUUCCCAAAAUUCAAGUACCAUCAUAUUUCCGAAGCAAAGUGAUUAUUUUAUUGAAUUUCUGGACUACUCUAGAGUUAUAAAACCUUCUCUGAACUUCAUAGCUACUCUAAAGGUGUCACGUUCCGAUAGCAACCAGCUCACAGCUGAAGAGAGACAGAAUUUUGUAACAGUCACUGCACAACAGUCAGAUCUGCUUUUUCACCACUCUUCACUUUCUCACCUUGAAAAUGAGGCAACAGAGGAGAGAAAUCUGACAGUCCGUGUCCUGAAUUACACAGUCCCAGAAAAUGGAAUAAUUGAUAUUGAGUUUCCAAUCCUGUAUGAUACAAAAACUCUGAGAGUUCAGGCAGAGUUCCUCAGCAGCAGGACUGACAUAGGUGUUUAUGAUGUGUUCAGCUCCCCCAGCCAGACUUACCUCCAGGUUAAAACAAAGAGCCAGGAUAUAAAGGUUGGGAAGCCUUUUGAGCUGAGCAUUGCAAGCAACAAGCCAGUGAGAGAGUUCCACUAUCUGGUAUUAUCUAAGGAACAAAUUGUGGAUUUUGGCACGAAGUCUGCAAAAACAUUCACUUUAACGGCAGAAAAUUCCUGGGCUCCUUUGGCAUCUAUACUUGUAUUCUAUGUUGAUGAGCUUGGAGUAGUUGUAAAUGAUGCUCUCACUGUCCCCAUCCAGCCUGUUUUGGAUGACAAGAUUAAAAUCUCUUGGAGCAAAGAUAAGGUCAAGCCAUCUGAGAAAGUCUCCCUUAAAAUUAGUACAACAGAACCAGGAUCAAUAAUUGGACUUGCAGUUGUUGAUAAAAGUACAAAGCUUCUAGGAGAAAGUAGUGACCUAACAGAAGAUGCUGUCCUCCAUGAGCUCAAUUUAUACAGCACAGUGCAGUAUUUUCCCCUGGUCAGAGGUUCUUUUGGUGUAUUUCAGAAAUGCAGCCUUUGGGUAUCAACUGAUGCAAUUCUUGAGGAAGAUAAGGAACAUUUUCUUUAUGGUGGAAUGAUACCCAUAGAAGAUGGUUUUGGUGAUGAUAUGCCAGUAUCUAAAAAUGGACCUCCUGAUUUCAGCAAUCUCUAUGUGAGGACACAUUUUCCAGAGACUUGGCUUUGGAUCGACACUAAAACUAGAUCUGACACAGAAACCACAAUGGAAGUCAUUGUACCUGAUACCAUCACGUCCUGGGUUGCCAGUGCUUUUGUGAUGUCUGAAAACAGCGGGCUUGGAGUGACAACUGCUCCAGUGGAGCUAGAAGCUUUUCAACCUUUUUUCAUUUUCCUGAACCUUCCAUACUCCAUCAUCAGAGGAGAGCAGUUCAUUUUGGAAGUGAACAUCUUUAAUUAUUUGAAAGAAGAAGCUGAGGUUACUGUGAUCCUGGAUAUGAAUGAUGCUUUUGAAAUUAUUUUAACAUCAAAUGAAAUAAAUGCUACAGAAAAUCGACAGUCUAUAUCUGUACCAAGUGAAGAUGGCAAAACUGUUCAGUUCCCAAUCAAGCCGAAACAGCUGGGAGAGAUUCCCAUCAAAGUGACAGCAAUAUCAUCUGCUGCUUCUGAUGCUAUCAUUCAGAAAGUUUUAGUAAAGGCUGAAGGAUUGGAACAAACAUAUUCUCAGACAGUUCUUUUGGAUUUGACUGGGAAUAAGCGACAAUCAGUGUCAAAAGCUUUGGAUUUCACUUUUCCUUCUGAUGUUGUAAGUGACAGUGAGAGGGUGCAGAUCACUGCUGUUGGUGAUUUACUUGGGCCUUCUAUCAACGGUUUGUCAUCAUUGAUUAAGAUGCCUUAUGGCUGCGGUGAACAGAAUAUGAUCAACUUUGCUCCAAAUGUUUAUAUUUUGCAAUACCUGACUAAAACCAGGCAGCUGAGAGAGGAUAUUAGAUCAAAAGCUGUAUCAUUUAUGAGAAAAGGCUACCAAAGAGAGUUGCUUUUCCAGAGGGAUGAUGGCUCUUUUAGUGCCUUUGGAAAUGAAGAUCCCUCUGGGAGCACAUGGUUAUCAGCUUUUGUAUUAAGAUGUUUCCUUCAAGCUCGGCCGUUCAUAGAUAUUGACGAAGAUGUGCUCAUGGAUACAGCUAAAUGGAUUGUCCGUCAUCAGAAAUUAAAUGGAGAGUUUCAUGAGCCUGGGAAAGUGUUACACAGUGAUCUUCAAGGAGGCACCAAUAAUCCAAUUACUCUCACAGCUUACAUCAUGUCAUCCCUCCUAGGGUUCCCAGAUAAACAGCAUUCUUAUGCCAUCAAGACUGCUACAAACUUUCUGGAAGAUAAAUUAGAAGAAGGUAUUUCAGAUAAUUACACUUUGGCACUUGUGACCUAUGCAUUGUCCUGGGCAAAAAGUACAAAAGCGAAAGAAGCACUGAAUAUGCUGAACGAGAGAGCAGAACACCAAGGUGAAUUUCGUUUCUGGAUAACACCUGCUUCUGAAAUUUCUGACUCAUGGCAGUCACGGUCCAUUGAUAUUGAACUUGCAGCAUAUGCUCUGCUCUCUCACUUUCAUCAAGACAGAUUAGCAGAGGGGAUCCCUAUUAUGAAAUGGUUAAGUCAUCAAAGAAAUCACCUUGGGGGAUUUUCUUCUACUCAGGACACAGUGGUGGCUCUGCAAGCCUUGAGUCUAUUUGCAGCUCUCACUACUGCAGGCAAAACAGAAAUGGAUAUAAAAGUGACAGCACCUUCUUUGGAAAUACCAGAAACAUUUUCAAUUGAUACUCGAAACCGUUUUCUGCUCCAGAGCAAGGAGAUUGCCCCUGCACAAUCAAUGACACUUACAGUGUCAGCAGAAGGAAUGGGAUUUGCUGUCUUUCAGCUCAAUGUUAUGUACAACACAAAACACACUGAUCAGAGGCUCAGAUAUGUCCAAAAGCAAGAAGCCUUUGACUUGAAUGUUGAUGUAAAGGAUGACAAAGAUGAUAAAAACCAUUUGACCUUGAAUGUGUGCACAAGGUACUUUGGUUCAGGCACAGCUUCCCGUAGUGGUAUGGUCCUCAUGGAGGUUGGCUUACUCAGUGGUUUCUCUGUGUCACCAGAUUUUGUUCCAUUAGACAAUACAGUUAAGAAGAUGGAAAAAGACAAUGGAAAAGUCAACCUAUACUUAGACUCUUUAAAUGCAACACAGGUUUGUGUGGAUAUUCCGUCUACAAGAGACUUCAAAGUGGCAAAUAUCCAAGAUGCUUCAGUGACUGUGGUGGAUUACUAUGAACCUAGGAGAAGAGCAGUGAGGAGCUACAACUCAGAAGUAAUGCAAAGUAUAACCUCUUGUGACUUUUGUGAAAGGGAUUGCAGUCUUUGCCACCGAGAUGGUUCUCCGGCCUUGCUUCAGCACUCUUCGUUGGCCUCCUUGUUCUGUGUGCUGUUUGUCCUUCAUGUAAACUUGCUGUGCAGUUGGGUGCUGUAAAAGGAAACAUAUUGUUUCACAUCUAAGGUUUCCAUAAAUUAUCCAAAGAAAAUUUUAUGUUCAGAUACCAGCCCAUCUUCAGUGAUUACUGUGACCAAACUCCUGCUGUGUUCAGGGAGAACUGGGCUGGCCCAUAUGGUAAAUUUCUGGCUGUGCCAGAAAACUUCUUUAAAUGUCUGCUGGAAAAACUUUGUUAGUUUCAUACCGAAGUUAUUUUCUGAAGAAGCACAGAGUUACUGAGAAAGCAGAUUGAGAAAAAAUAAACUUAGCUCCAUAUUCCCACUUCGAUUUUACCCCAGCUUUCAACUGUGCUUGUUUUUUAGGGGUGUAUGUUAGUUUACUUUGCUUUUCUGAAACACUGUCUGCUUCUCCACUGGAGCGUUGAUAAGCAGAGUAAUGGGAGCUUGGUACCAGAACUCACUUUGUUCUGUUCUGAAGAUAUGACACUUAAUACUGAAUUUCACUGUGCACUCUAAUAGGGAACAUGAAAAAAAAAAGAAGCCGACUUCAGAGCAGAUCCAAGAGCCAAAAAGUGCUGCAUCUACAAACUGCUGAACGCUCCAGAAAGUUGUCAGUUUCCUUUUUUCUUUGUUUUAUCAUUACAGAGAAGGUAGGCAGAUUUUUUGCCAAUUCAUAAGCUAAUCAUGCUUGAAAAUAAGGCCUCAGGAUGUUCUCAUGCAUUUUACUCUGAAAGGGUUUUACUGUAAAUGCAUCAAAGAUACAGUCUGCGUUACAGACUUCAUUUUUCCAGAAUUAUUCAAAACCAGACCUAAUUGUCUUUCCAUAUGAGAAUGCUGGUGUCAGCUGGUGUAUAUUUAUGGCCAACUGGAGUAAGGUUACCUUGAACCUUUUCUGGUUUUGGGAAGUCUUCUAGUAAUGGCACUCUGGGGCAUCAUUUUUGUCUUGCAUUUGCAGUGUCAUCUUGUCAACAGUUUGAGGGGGAUGACCCCAAACAGCUGUUUACAGCUCUCAGUGCCAUGUGAGUUGGUGGCCCUGGAUGCCAUCUGUGCACCCUGCUGUUGGUUGGUGGAAGAGGCUUUUAGGAGGCAUGGACUGCGCAUGUAUUCAGUCCAGCAAAACGACACACAGGAUUGCUUAACUUGAAGCACAUCUUUGUACGCUUAAGUGCUUUGCUUAAGUGGGAUGGAGGAGAAGGAUGGUGAGAAGCAGCAGGCAGUUUUACAACCUAAACCUGCUUUUCGCACGUGGGGAGAAUUAAAGAUCUGUACGAAUGUGCAAACGUGGGCUUCAGAUCUUAUUGCUGCUGAGUGAGUGUAUGAGCGUGUUCCUUGUCUGGCAGCCAAUUUAUCCUUCUUGAACACUGCCUGUGACAUCUAAUGCUUAUUUCUUUUUAAUAAGAAAGCCAAGCUGAUAACACUCACAGUUACUAAAAUGAAGUUAAUAGCUGUAUGCCAGCUAACAGAGGUAGAAAUUAUGAGACUAUUGAUUCCCUUUCUUUCAUAUCUUUUUAAGACGGAGUGUGUAUUUGUGCACAUGUAAUAAUAUGGCAGUCACUUUCCUUGAGUAAUUUUUAUUCAAAUUUUGCUUCAGCUUAAAAUGUAUGUUUUUGUAUUUAUGCUCAUCUAUACUGUUGUUCACAAUGGAAAUUUUGUGUAGUAGCAUGGGAAGAGGCCUGAACUUCCUGAACUGGGAGUGCCUUCUAAUACUGAUGUAUAGAGUUUUAACUGCAGAACUAGUUUAGAUGGGGUUAUUUGUUUUAUUUCAGCUAUAUUUAGAAUUUACAAUGUUUUUCACAAAUUUGGGGUUCUGUUCUGUUUCUCUGGCAGAGCUUAAGCCUGGUUCUUUGUAGUCAGUUCACUCUUUUCACUUGUUCUUGGUACACUUUGGAUCUAACCCCUUGAAUAGUUAAGUAGUGCCUUAACAGAGCAUCUGUGCUGCUCUGACCCACAUUAAGUAAUACUGUAUUUAUUGAAACUGCUUAGUCAGUAGGAUGCACGGUCUGACCCUCUGUAAGCCAUGCCCUUGGUUACAUGGGUCCAAAGCUACAAGAAACCAAGAUACAAACUGAAACGCAUCUCUGCAUCACAAAUUCUUUACUCAUUUAUGGGAGCAUAGGUUGAAUUGUGCCGAGUGUAAGAUUUGGAAAAUGUUCAGUCUCUAAACUGGGAUGUUUUGGUGUGGGUUUGAUUUCUUGGUGACCUAUGAAAGCUGGUCUCUUGUCUUUGGGGACAGCAGUGUCAACAUGUCAUUUGCCUCUUUUUAAUAUAAGUUCAAGAAUGCGAAGCUCACAUACUUUCAGGUUUUACUAUGUGUAGUGCUUCUAAAAGGGACAUUGGUACCUGGUUGAUGUUAGGAUAAAGAGGCUCAUUUUCUAGACACAAUGUACUGGAGAUAAAUUACUCCUUUGCAGUAGAUAGUAAGAAGAAAUUAGUUCUAUUUAGCAUGUAGUCCCAUCUUCCUGAUUUCCUUCAAGAAAAACAAAUUUCAACUGCUUAGCUGAGUCUUGGACAGUGCAGCUUUUACUAGUAUUCCCUUGCAUUUGUUUUUGAGACGAACAACACAUGUUUUUAAAUUACUUUUGGCUGCCUUGCACACCACAUAAAAAACAUCAGUCAUAAUACACUAUAUCAGGGAAAUUGUUGGACUCAGAGAAAAACAUCCUCUUUUAUUUUACUUUUUUCUAUACAGCAGGCAUAUCAUUACAGACAUCCAAAUCUGCCUCUGUACCAAGCUAUUUUAAAGGAACAGUGUACAUUGUCUAACUUUAAACAAAUGUUUGCAACAGGUGGCCUAUAACAUUCCUGCAUCAGUGCCUUCAAUCACUUUGCAGCUGUGGCUGGUGCUUUGAAUGAGUUGCAGAGGAUAAAAUUUGUAAUGUGUGUUGGCAGUGAAUGGAACAGUGGACAGGGAAUAUUAUGGGAAAUAGUGACUUUUCUUUUGUUUUCCUCAUCAUUUUGGGGGAACUUUUACACAAACGCUCAGUGUGUAUAUGAUCCCCACUGUAACGUCAGUUUUUGAUGUUAGAGGGGCUUGUUCCCACUGAAGUUAAUAGGAAAUCUUUUAGAACUCUUUAGCACAAGGUCUAUCAGGAGCGUUAAGGAGUGGUGCUAAAAGCAGUCAGGAAAAGGUAUUUUGUGAUGGAGUCUUCAUGUUGCGUUGCAUGAACAUUUCUGUGUGAUUGCUGUUUCUUUGAAACCUGAGUGUUCUCUGGUACUAUGCUUUUCAGCCACAUGGUGUCAAUGGAUAUGGUGCGUUCAGGGCCAUUAAUACACUAUCGAGUCAGUAAGAAAUAUUCAUUUACUUCGGAUGGAGUCUAGGAAAAAGCAUAGUGCAGUCCCCCCAAAAAUUCUACCUUUGCUGUCAUCCAUGAUCUUAGUUGAGGUUUUCUCUGUAGGUUUCAAGGUGGGUGUCAUCUAGAAAUCUUCUAUCCUAAAUGCCGUUUUUCAGAAUAGGGUAUGAGUGCUGCCUAACAGCUUUAGAGCACCUCAGAGUCUGCAUGCUGGGCCAGCUUGAUGGCUGGUUUGGUUCUCAGUAUAGCACUGCUGUAGAAUUGUUUAGGUUGGAAAAGACCUUUAAGAUCAUAGAGUCGAACUGUUAAUCCAGCACUGCCAAGUCCACCACUAAACCCUGUCUCCAAGUGACACAUCUACACAUCUUCUAAAUACCUCCAGUGAUGGUGAAACCACCACUUCCCUGGGCAGCCUGUUCCAAUGCUUAAUAGUGCUUUUGGUGAAGAAAUUUUUCCUAAUAUCCAAAAUAAACCUCCCUGGCACAACUUGUAUCAAACACAAGAAGUGCAGAUAUUUCCCAGUUUGCUUCCAUACCACAUGCUCCCAUUUACUUCACAAGCAGGAGCCUGUGGCUUGUGGACAUCAAUGGCAUGUGAUAAAAGGGAGAAUUGGCCAUACUUGUACAGGAGAAACAUGAGAGCCAAAGUCCAAUGUUCACAGAAUCAUAGAAUGUUAAGGAGUUGGAAUGGACUCUAAAGAUCAUCUAGUCCCAACCCUCCCUGCUGUGGGUAGCAGACCAGGUUGCUCAAGACCUUAUCCAACCUAGCUUUGAGCACUGCCAGGGUUGGGGCAUCCUCAGCCUCCCUGGGCAACGUGUUCCAGGGUCUCACCACUCACACAGUAAAAAAUGUCUUCCUAAUAUCUAACAUAAAUUUCUCUUCUUUCAGUUUAUACCCAUUAUUCCUUGUCCUGUCAUUAAAAUUCCUGAUAAAGAGUCCCUCCUCUGGCUGCCCUGUUAGGCCCCUUUCAGAUACUGGAAGGUUGCUAUGAGGUCUCCAUGUAACCUUCUCUUCUCCAGGUUGAACAGCCCCACCUUUCUCAGCCUCUCUUCUUGGGGUAGAUGCUCCGGUACUCUUAUCAACUUCAUGGCCCUCCUCUGGACUUGCUCCAGCAGUUCCAUGUCCUUAUAAUAUGCGCCUCUCUUUUGUCUUGAAAGUCGCUGUUGAAAGUCAAGCCUAAGAUGCAAAAAUUGGUUUUAUUCAGUUUCCAAAAUAUUAUCCCUGCAAUAUUUCUCCAAAAGUGAUGUUCAAGUUGAUAUGAAUAUUGAAAAUAUUUGGUUUAAGUUGGUUCGUGUAGAAAGCAUAUGCAUAUACAAAAUCACUAUAGGCUGCAGUGUGCUACAAUGUGCAGUGUACGUGCAAUUAAAAUCAAGAUUUCCACAAAGUGCCCAAACCAACAACAUUGUGUGAUGUUAGUUUUUUUAAAAUACAGUUAGGUUCUUAGGAAAGAAUAUAUUAGAACUAGUGCCUGAUGGCAUAAUUUUUCUAUCUCAAACACAGAGUAUUCAGUUUUAAUUCUAAUGAAAAAUAAUAUUUUUGUUACAACCUUUCUUCUUCUACCGUAAAUCUUUAUGCAGUGAACCAUCUCUUUGUGAUUUGAAGAUUUUGAAAUUAGACAUUCUGACUAGUAAUUUAUGUCAAAAAUAUAACAGCAGUUAUGUCUUCUUUUCCCCAUAUCAAAAUAUUUCACUUCCAUGUCGUUUGUCAUUCGGCUUAUUGUAUUUUUGUGUGCCAUAUGGAAAUACCAUUGCACUAAUGCUAUUCUAGACAAUAAAGGCUGACUGUGCUGUAUUAGACCAAUCCAGUGACUAUUUUUCUUAUGAAUAGCUUGUUUCCAGAUGCAUAUGAGCAUUAACUCCUUACAUACUGCUUUUGAGUCACCAGAACUCCAGUGUAAGAUUUAUCUUUAAAAAUCAUACAUUUUAUUUCUGUGUUUCUUACUGGUUACCCAAAAACUUCAUCAGCCUUGCUUAGAUCUUAUGAUGUUAUAUUAUGAACUAGUUUUUUUUUGCUAUGGGUUUUUGUAUUGUUAGGUUGUGUGGAGUUCUAAAUACAAGGAAGGAAAUAUAAAAUUGCUGGCUCAAAGGAAGUAUAUAAGUGGGUAUAAUGUACCAUACAUUAGCUGUCCCACUGAAUAGCACAUCUCUUCUUUUUUCUAUAUCAGGCCUUAAGCAAUUUAAACUAAAAUUUUUGGCUGCCUUGAAACAUGGUCAGAUACCCAUUUUGGUGUAGGGUAGGUUCAUCAUUUCCACUUUUGAUCAAAUCAGAAAUGGUAGAAAAAUAAUGCUUUUAUGAGCUGUUUGGAGCAAACAGAGGUGAAUUAACAUGCCAGCUAUGCAAAUCGCUUCUGUCUUUUCAAAUAAUAAAUGCUAAGGAACUAGACUGUUUUAAAGGAUUUUGGAAAAUUGUAAUUGGUUUAUUUUCCUCAAAUAAAGUUUGCAAUAGCUAUUUUUAAAUUCUAUUAAAGAUGACUUUUAAUAA